AUGGUCCCCACCCCUGCUCGACGUCGAUAUUCCUCAAGAAUAGUAGGUACAGUGAGCGGCAGGGAAGUAGCGCCAACACCAGCCAUGCUCCGCGAUACUAACAACAGCUCCUAUGGAACCUAUAAUGCAUCUUCCCAUCGUAUGCCUAUUCGGACUCCAAGGAGAGGCGGCGAACCAUACACUCCUCAUGACCCCAUUCCACCUGAGACCACGCCGGCUGCUAGCAUUAUACCAACGGAAGAAGUCAUUGAAGUCGCUCCUGUGGGGUGGCUAGCCGAGAGGGAGGAGCUCCAAGAGGAGCUGAAACGGGUCUAUGGAGCAUUGAAGGCCCUAGAGGAGCAUUCAGCUGAGGAUAGGAAGCUCCUGGCCAGGAUGAGGGACCGCGAGUUGAAUAACACGAUGGAGAGCAGUAGAGUGGGGCAGCAGUUGGAGCAGUAUAUAGUUCAGCUAGAGGGGGAGGUCCGAGCAUUACAGGCUAUUCCAUGUAGCGAGCAGCCUGUAGAGGAGGAUGCCCAUGUGAAGGAGGCAGAGUGUGGUUCCGACUACAUCGUUGGUGCAGCAUUGAUCUUAUUGGCUCUGGUGGAGGCCAUCUCAUCUAGGGUUGAUGCACGGCUGCAGGUUUACUCGAUAGAGGCUAAUGAGAAGGUUUAUAGACUAACUACUACUCUCAAGGAGGUAAGAGAGGCAUGUGAGGAGCUGUGUGGGCAGAAGGAGGCUAUAGUAAAGGAAUUAGAGGAAGCUCUUCGUGACAAAGAGGAGAAUGCCUUGGCAUUGGCUGACUCAUUGGCGACGUUGGCUUCUAGUCGGGAGGAGUUCACGAGGUUUACCGAACAGCAGGCCAAGAAGGAGUUGGUACUACUCGAUCGAUCGGCUGAUAGUCAGAGUGCCAUGUCUAGUGCACGCUCUAUGGCUAGCCAAGCCUAUGACCUCAAGUGGCCUGAGGGGGCGGCGGUCUUGCAUCUGAAGCAUCAACAGCAGCAGCCAAUGGCUGGCCUUGAAGGCAGGCUGAUAGAGGGCUGCAUUAGAGAGGGUAAGGAAGGUAGGCUGUGA